GAGCAGUGUCAAUACAAUAGGCUUCUUGUGUGUGGAUGUGUGCGCCUGCUGGGAGGCUAAGGCAGCUUCACUCUGCUCGGCGGCCGGGUUGUCUGCGCCAUGGACUGAAGAGGACGUGCUAGAAGGAGCAAGUGUGAGGGCAGAGAGCGUCAGAGAAGAGGAUGCGUCAGGAUGAAGCGACACAGGCACCUCAGCAGCAGCGACAGCUCGGACAAUGAAAGUCCUUCAACUUCCUUUUCGUCCUGUUGUCAGUACAGGAACAAGGGUAAAAACACAACAGAGGAGGAAAAGAAGUCUUCCGAGGUAUUCCGAAAAGACCUAAUCAGUGCCAUGAAGAUUCCCGAUUCCCAACAUGUCAAUAUGGAAGACUACUAUCACUUUGUAGACACGUGGAAGCAGGAGUGGGAGAAGGGAGUUCAAGUACCUGCUAAUCCAGAUUCCAUCCCACAGCCUUCUCUCAGGGUCAUUGCAGAAAAAGUGAAGGAUGUUCUGUAUUCUCGUCCACGAAAGUACAUCCAUUGUUCAGGCCAAGAACCAACAGAACCUGGUUAUAUCAACAUUCUGGAAUUGGCAGAGAGCAUGUGCCGUUACGAUCUCGAUGAUGUGGACCUCUUUUGGCUUCAGGAAUGCAACCUUGAGUUAGCAGAUAUGGGAUGUGCUCCUUUGGAUGAGAGCACUAUGGAGAAGACAUUAGAAGUCCUGGAGCGGCAGUGCCAUGAAAACAUGAAUCAUGCCAUAGAGACAGAAGAAGGCCUAGGCAUCGAGUACGAUGAGGAUGUCAUUUGUGACGUGUGCCGUUCUCCUGACAGUGAGGAAGGCAAUGAUAUGGUCUUCUGUGACAGGUGCAACAUCUGUGUUCACCAGGCGUGUUAUGGCAUACUGAAGGUUCCAGAAGGCAGCUGGUUGUGUCGCACUUGUGUGUUAGGGGUCCACCCACAGUGUAUUUUGUGCCCAAAGAGAGGGGGAGCCAUGAAGCCCACAAGAAGUGGAACAAAAUGGGCCCAUGUUAGCUGUGCACUAUGGAUACCAGAGGUGAGCAUUGCGUGUCCUGAAAGGAUGGAACCUAUCACUAAGCUUUCUCAUAUACCUCCAAGUCGGUGGGCGUUGGUUUGCAGUCUGUGCAAACUGAAGACGGGAGCCUGCAUACAGUGCUCCGUUAAGAGCUGUAUCACGGCCUUUCACGUCACUUGUGCAUUUGAGCAUAGUUUGGACAUGAAGACGAUACUAGAUGAAGGGGAUGAAGUGAAAUUUAAAUCCUAUUGCUUGAAGCACAGUGAGAACAAGCACUGUCCAGCAGAACAAGACGAGCCUGACAAAGCUCAUGUGGACAAUAGACAGAGUGAGAGUGAAAAAAUCAGCCUCCGAGCUCAGAAACUGAAGGAGUUAGAGGAAGACUUUUACACUAUGGUGAAUGUGGACCAUGUGGCAGCCGAAAUAGGCUUACCCAAGAUAACGGUGGAUUUAAUAUAUUCUUUCUGGAUGUUGAAACGAAAAAGUAAUUUUAACAGACCGCUUGUACCACCUAAAGAGGAAGAACAGAAUGGCUUGAUGCAGCCCAAGGAGGACAGUAUUCACACCAGGAUGAGAAUGUUCAUGCACCUUAGGCAAGAUCUUGAGAGAGUAAGAAAUUUGUGCUACAUGGUCAAUAGAAGAGAGAAACUCAAACUGUCCCACAGUAAAGUCCAUGAGCAAAUCUUCAAUUUACAAGUACAACUUGUCAAUCAGGAGAUGGCAGCAGGACAACCUUUAUCAAGUGCGCUGGAGAAUACAUUAUUUUACCCUCCUCCAAGAAUAACUUUAAAGUUAAAAAUGCCAAAAUGCACAAAAGGAGACAGUAAAAACAGUUCAGUGAAGACUGGCAAACGAUCAGGUCUUGUUGAUAAAAACAAUACUUCACAUCAUGGCCGUGGCAGAAAGCUACAGAAGUCUUCAGAGGUCCUCACUAAACACUACUCCUCUCACUUGGCCUCCGAACAAAGACGGAAUGGAUUACUAGAGAGUAGUAAUCCCCGGAUUGAGAAUCAGGAACCAGUGAUGCAGCAAACGUCACGAUAUAGGAGCUCAGGUAAACCAAUGUCUCUACAAGCUGUAAUACAUGGACAGUCUUCAAAUGGAAGUGGGAAAGUUCAGCGUCAACAUCUCAAGUCAAGCAAGUCUAAUGGAAUUUUACAUUCUAGUGCGGACAGAAUCCAAAGGGAGAGCUUAAGCCAAACGUCUCAUGACCAGGAGUCCUUAAUCACAACGUCUCUGCCUAGCCCAGGAAACUUUAGAAAGUCCAACAUUGAACAUUAUAGCCGAUCAUUCAAAGAAACCACAAACAGCUUGGUAAGGACCACAGAAGAUCUUCGAAGCUGUGAAAAACCUCCAAAAAGGCAGUCUGCGAAAGAGCGUUUGUGGAACAAACAGACUACUGAAUGCCAGUCUUCGGGGACUCCAUAUCAGGAUAACGAUGGCUACUGUCCUGACCUAGAAUUGAGUGACUCAGAAGCUGAAAGUGACGAAAAUAAGGACCACAUGCGACUGAGAAGAGGCAGCUCAAGUCGAGAAAGUCCUAACAGAGACUCAAAUAGAAACAGUCGUAACCGAAGCAAAAAGAGUAUGGUUCCUCACAGUUCGGGACAGAGGUGAUGGCUCAUGGCUCUCCAGAUCAUUUAUUUAAUGCCUGUGCAUAUUCAAAUGCCAAAAAGAGAGCCUCCAUCUCUAGGAAUCCAGUAAUUAUGGGAAUUCUUUUUUUUUUUUAAAUCUGGUUUUCUAGUGGAAAGGCCAUGCUAAGGGUGUGGACAAGUCAUUCGUCUAGGAGAAUGCACAGGCCGCAGUGUUACUUUUUGUAGAGCCCGGAAUAAUAUGCACAACUACAUUUUUAUAUUAUUUGUAACACCAAAAUGUUCUUAAAUAUUAUACAAUACAAACACCUUGUUUAAUUUAUGUGGAAGCGAAGCUCUGUACCAUAGUUUAAAUAUGCCUUUAAAUAUCUUUGCUAACAAGUGAGAGUGUUACUUUGUGUAAAUACCUUGUUUUUAAUGUGAAUUUUAAUGGCAGUGUACAGGAUUUGCUUGUCGUGCAAUGCAUUUGAUGUAAAUAUUUAAACGGUAUACCUACCAGAUGCCAAUAUGUGAAUAUGGUUUACAAAGAGGAAUGGUAGAUUUACAUUAUUUAUCAUCGUGUUUCAGUCAGACUGAAAAGAUCAGCUGAGCAUGGGUCGUAUGCAUGAAGAAUCGUGAUCUGCAGAAUGUAUUCAUGGCAGCUGGGGGAAUAGCACUGAAGUCACAACAGAACACUACUUUCUUUCCAGUCUGAAUGCAGAGCCCCUCACUUAAAAUAAAAAACACACAAGAGGUCUUCCUAAGCAGUUGUUGUACUUUGUGAACUGUACUGAGUUUUGGAUUCCCCAUCUCCAAUUAUUAUUUUUU